AUGGCAGCCCUAAAGCUCAGCACCAAGAACCUGACAGCCAUUGGGAAGCUAGGCAAGGGAAAGCUCCAAAUCCCAACCUACCGUGAGCUCAAUGUCACCCGCAAUGCCAAAGUUAAGGAGGGAAUCGUCCAUGUUGGUGUCGGUGGUUUCCACAGAGCUCAUCUGGCUGUCUAUGUUGACAAGUUGAUGCGGGAUCAUAAUGAGACUGACUACGCAAUUUGCGGCGUUGGCUUGCAACCCUUUGAUGUUGCCAUGCGUGAUGUGUUGAAAGAGCAGGAUCACCUCUACACCGUCAUGGAGCGCUCUGACAAGGGAAGCCUUGCCCACGUUGUUGGAUGCAUCAAUUCCUACCUCUUUGCCCCGGACAACCGCAAAGCUGUCAUCGACAAGAUGGCCCACCCUGAUACCCGCAUUGUGUCGCUCACCAUCACCGAAAGCGGCUACUACUACAACGAAAACACCCACGAGCUGAUAAGCGACCACCCCGAUAUCAAGGCCGACCUCAAGAACGUGAACGCGCCGUCCACUACCUUCGGUUUCCUCUACGCUGCCCUGGCACAACGCUACCAGAACAAACAAGAUCCCUUUACCGUCAUGUCGUGCGAUAACAUGCAGAAGAACGGGUCCAUCACACGCAACAUGCUAGUGUCAUUCGCGCGCUUGCACAACCCCAAGAUCGCGGAUUGGAUUGCUGAGAAAGGCGCCUUCCCCAACGCCAUGGUCGACCGCAUCACACCUCAGACAGCACAGAAUGACAAAGAGACACUGGCGAAGGAGUUUGGAAUUGAAGACGCGUGGCCCGUCGUCACAGAGCCCUUCAUGCAAUGGGUCAUCGAGGACCAGUUCUCGGAUGAACGUCCAGCAUUCGAGAAGGUCGGUGUCCAGGUUGUCAAGAAUGUCCACGACGUCGAGCAGUUCGAGAAGCACAAGCUCCGUCUACUCAAUGGCAGCCACUCGGCCAUCGGAUACCCGGGCCAAAUGGCGGGCUUCAAAUACGUGCACGAAGUCAUGAACAACCCGCAGCUGCGCAAGUUGGUGUGGGAGAUGAUGCAGGAGGAGGUGAAGCCGCACUUGCCGGAGAUUCCAGGCGUCAACAUCGACGACUAUUGCAAAACGCUCAUGAAGCGCUUCUCCAACUCCACAAUCAUGGACCAGCUGCCUCGCGUCUGUCUCAAUGCCUCUGGCAAGAUCCCACAGUUUAUCAUGCCGUCCAUUGCCGAGGCCAUUAUGGCGAGCAAGGAAGAGAACCGUGAUUAUCCUUUCCGUCGUCUGUGUUUCGUCGCCGCCUCUUGGUUCCUGUACAUCCGAGGUGUUGAUGACCACGGCCAGAAAUUCACGGUCGUUGACCCCAUGCUUAACGAUCUUCUGGCUGCAGCUGGGGAUGACAAGGGCCCCCAUGGCCUGCUCCAAAUCAAGAGCCUCUUCGGUGACGACUUGCGCGGAUACAAACGGUUCACCGAUGAGAUGGAGAAGGCCAUGAAGGACAUUGCUGAAAAGGGUGUCCUGGAAACUCUUAAGGAGUACUUCCCUGAGGACACCAACUAA